AAACCCUAAAAUUCAACUAUCCGUCUUUAAACAACAUCUUUUCUUUGCCAUUCCUUCACUCCCCCCACCUCCAUUUGCUGCUGCCGCUGCUCAAUUUCAGUCGGUAGAAGAAAUGGCUGAAGUUGCUAAAUCAGGACCCGCGGUUCCGGAAUCCGUACUAAAGAAACAGAAAAGAAAUGAGGAAUGGGCUGUGGCUAAGAAGCUUCAAGUUGAAGCCUUGAAGAAAAAGAAUGCUGCUAACAGGAAGUUGAUUUUCAACAGGGCUAAGCAGUACUCUCAGGAGUACGAAGCUCAGCAAAAGGAGUUGAUCCAGCUGAAACGUGAGGCACGAUUGAAAGGUGGAUUUUAUGUGAAUCCGGAAGCUAAGAUGCUCUUUAUCAUUAGGAUCCGUGGUAUUAAUGCGAUGGACCCAAAGUCAAAGAAAAUUUUGCAGCUCUUGCGGUUGAGACAGAUCUUCAAUGGUGUGUUUUUGAAAGUCAACAAGGCUACAUUGAAUAUGUUGCACAGGGUGGAGCCAUAUGUUACCUACGGGUACCCCAACUUGAAGAGUGUGAAGGAGUUGAUAUACAAGAGAGGUUAUGGCAAGCUAAACAAACAAAGGAUUCCAUUGACUGAUAACUCCAUUGUCGAGCAGGGUCUUGGGAAACAUGGCAUUAUCUGUGUUGAAGAUCUUAUCCAUGAGAUUCUCACUGCUGGACCUCAUUUCAAGGAGGCUAAUAACUUCCUCUGGCCAUUCAAGUUGAAGGCUCCAUUGGGUGGCAUGAAGAAGAAGAGAAACCACUAUGUUGAAGGAGGAGAUGCUGGUAAUCGUGAAGAUUACAUCAAUGAGCUCAUUAGGCGAAUGAAUUAGGUUAUUGGUCAUAGCUCAAUGUUUUUGAUGUUGCCUUUCGGAAUUAUUGUUAGAUUGUGUACUCUUGGCUCUCUGGUAAUUGGGACAGUUUUUUUCUUUUUCAAACUAAGAUGGAUGUAAUAUCGCUGAGAAAUUUUUGGAUUUUGCUAUCAAGGGUUCGACUUGCAAACAAA